UGCAAGUGACGUCGAAUGACAGCUUGCUCCCUUUUUUCGGUCUUUUAGCUGUUUUCGACAAAGUUAUACAAAUAACAUCCCCUGGGAAAGUGAAUAAUGUGCGUUGUUAACAUAAGUGUUUUUUGACACGAUAACCUUAGGAGUUGCUAGAGUUGAAAAAAGAUUUUAAAAUGGAGUGAACGUUAAAAGAGUGAAGCAGACGAAGAUGAGCAGGAUCGCGAAGACGACCUGUCCGGGAGGCGGCCUUUACGUCCUCGAGGGCGAGGUCGGCCUCCUGAUGACGGCAAUGCGUCGUGGAGUUCGGUGGUCAUCACACUCUCACCAGGACGAAGAUCAAGAUGCCUUGAUGAAAGGACUAUCUUCCUUAAAGGAAGCAUUAAAUGAAGCCAAAAAUCUGUCCCAGUUGGAGCCAGGUGUUUUUAUGGCCCCUUUUCUCGAGAUUAUUCGAUCGGAAGAGACCACUGGACCAGUAACUAGUCUUGCACUGUCUGCAGUUAAUAAAAUAAUUUCCUAUGGACUUCUAGAUCCUGAACAACCAGCUAUUGCCCCUUGCGUUGAAGGCGUAGCAGAUGCUGUUACCCAUGCACGAUUUGUGGGUACUGAUGCAUCUGGAGAUGGCGUUGUUCUCAUGCGAAUCCUCCAAGUUCUGCGAGCCCUUAUGUUAUCACCUGCUGGUGAUCAUCUUUCGAAUGAAAGCAUUUGCGAAAUCAUGCUCAGUUGUUUCAGAAUUUGCUUCGAAACUCGCCUGAGUGAAUUAUUAAGGCGAACUGCAGAGCAUUGUUUGAGAGACAUGGUUCAGCACCUUUUUAUAAGAUUGCCACAGUUCGUUGACGAUUCGAGAGGCCUUCUGAAUAUGAAGAAAAUGAGAACGAACAGUAUUGAUAGUACGAGAAGCAAGUCUAGAAAAACCAAGAAUCAUUCCAAAUCAAAAUCGCAACUAAAUCCUGAGGAAAUGGAGGGAAACGAGUCGAAUCUUUUGAGUCCUGUAGAUAGAGUAAGAGUUGGUCAUUUAGCGACUACACCUGUGACACCCGCUGGAAAUAUUGUAGACAUGCAAGGCUCGUUGGAUCAAAGUCCACCCGAAAAAAUCGAAGAGGAAAAGACGGAAAAUAAAGAGAGUGUCGUUAAAAACUUAGAAGUUGAAAAUAAUAAGGUAGAAAGCCAGGAUGCCAGUAAGGAACCAGUUAUUCCCGGAGAAAAUGUCUCGGUAAACGAUCCCGAAAUUAGUCAAGUGUUCCAAAAAGAAAACGAGUCUUCCGAAAACAAGAGUGAGGCGGAAACUACGGAAAAGUCGGAAACUGAUGCAGAAUCUUUGGGGAAGGAAACUGUCAUCGAGGCUCAAGAAAAUCGAGUGGAGGAAAAAGCAGAUUGGGUGCAAUCGCCAGUCGGAAGUGUGGAAGAUUUAUCGUCAGUUGACGAUAAUUCAAGUACCUACGACGCAUCAAAAGUGCCCAAAAUAAAAUUAGAGAACGAAACCGUAGAAGAAUAUGUGAAUACUCAGGGCGUGAGAUUCAUGCCUCUCCAAGAACACACACCAUAUGGUUCCCUUUGCGUUCGUGAGCUUUUUAGAUUCCUCGUUUCGAUUUGCAGUCCACUUGAUAAACAAAACACAGAAAUAAUGACGCACUUGGGACUCAGCUUGUUGCAAGUUGCAUUAGAAAUUGCUGCGGAUUCGCUUUCUAAUUUCCCGUCGUUGCUUGCACUUGCCAAGGAUGAUCUUGUGAGAAAUCUGAUUUUAUUGCUGGGAUCGGAUCGAUUGUCGAUUCUAGCUGCGAACCUGCAAGUAUCCUUUUUACUAUUUGAGUCGCAGAGGGAGCAUCUGAAGUUCCAGAUGGAGCAUUAUGUGAUAAAGUUGAUGGAAAUUGUCAAUUCUGAAUCGAAUCGGAUAUCGUAUGAACAACGGGAGUUAGCUUUGGAAGCUAUCGUGAGGUUGUGGAGAAUACCGGGAUUGCCGGCAGAAUUGUAUUUGAAUUACGAUUGUGGCCUCUAUUCCACAAAUCUUUACGAAGAAUCGAUGAAGCUUUUAUCUAGGAACGCCUCGGCUCUUAUGGGAACCAUGUACAGUAUGCAAUUUAUUUCGUUGGAUGCCAUAUUUAAUCUAAUUUCGGGCAUGGAGGCCAGAUGCAAAGGCUUGCACGAUCUUUGUAAAACUUCAAGACACACCUCUUCCUCAAAUCUUCCUACUCGGGAGGAACUGAUAACUACAAAAGCGAAUAAGAGGUGGCUGGCUUUGGGGACGGAAAAGUUCAACGAGAAUCCCCGAGAAGGGAUCGCAAAAUUGUUAGAGCAUGGACUUCUAGGAGGAACUCCAGGCCAGCCUGAUCCCGAGAAAAUUGCCAAGUAUCUUCGAGAAAAUCCCGGUCUGGAUAAAAAAGCGAUCGGCGAAUAUAUCAGCAAAAAGGAGAAUAAGACAAUCCUGAAUUGCUUUGUCAACAAUUUCGAUUUCAAAAACACUCGUGUUGAUCAGGCAUUGCGAUUGUAUCUUGAAUCUUUUAGACUUCCUGGAGAAGCUCCUCUAAUUUCGAUGUUGCUCGAAAAAUUCGCAGAACACUGGCACAAUAGCAAUAACAAGCCAUUUGCAUCGGCCGAUGCGGCCUUCACUCUCGCUUACGCGAUAAUUAUGUUAAACGUGGACCAGCACAAUUAUAAUGCAAAGAGGCAAAAUAAUCCGAUGACUGUUGAUGAAUUCAAACGGAAUUUGAAGAAAGUCAAUGGCGACGCGGAUUUUGAUCAAGAUAUGCUCGAAGAAAUCUAUAUUUCCAUCAAAAAUGAAGAAAUUGUCAUGCCAGCGGAGCACACUGGUCUCGUGAAGGAAAAUUAUCUGUGGAAAGUUUUACUUAGAAGAAGCUGUGGUCUAGAAAGCAAGUAUCUGACAAUUGGAGGAGCUGGUGAAUUUGUAGAUAAGGAAUUAGCAGAAAGAGCUUGGGCUCCGAUUGUCAGUGCACUUUGCAGAGCCUACGAUAAAGCUCCGGACAAAUUACUCCAGCGCAGAGUUGCUCAAGCAUUCCUAAGCUGUGCUGCGAUCAGCGCUCACUACGGAAUGACGAGCGACCUCGACACUUUGAUAGUCAGCAUAUGCAAAUUUACUGGACUCGCAGCUGGAGGAGAACCGGACCAAGUGAUUCUUCAUCUUGGUAGCAGUGGAAGGUGUCAAUUAGCAGCUCACACCCUCUUUAAAAUCACUCACAUGCAUGGAGAUGCUUUAAGAGCAUCCUGGAAAAACAUAGUUGACUGUUUCCAGACUUUGUUCCUAGCUAGAGUUCUGCCAAAGAACAUGACCGAAGGCGAGGAUUUCCUGGACCCAUCCGGAAAAAUCUCCUUGCUUCGGGAACCCGCUGCUCUGAAAACUCCUCCAGUGGAGCAAGGAAUUCUUUCGAGUUUAUAUUCCUACAUUGCUCUUCAUACAACCAAGCUUCCUCAUCCGGCAGAAAUUGCUGCGAGAGAAAGAGCUGCAAAGUGUGUCGCAAAUUGUCAAUUAAAACAAAUAAUCGAGGAGAGCAAAUUCCUGCAGGUCGAGUCUCUUCGAUCUCUGAUUGGCGCUUUGGUAUCAGUGAAAUCCGAGGACGAGGAUCUUUCCGUUUUCCUGUUGGAAUGUCUUCUAAAAGUGACAAUUCAGAACCGGGAUAGGGUCGUUUGCAUUUGGCCGGUAGUUCAAGAACACCUUGAUGGCAUUUUAACAACAGCAGCUAGAGACAAUCAACCUUAUCUUCUGGAACGUGUAGCAGUUGGAAUGUUGCGACUUGCGAUAAGACUUCUUCGAGGAGAAGAAUUAGCUUGCACUGUUUUGCCACCUUUAACACCUUUAACGCAUUUGACAUCAGUUACAACAUCUCCUCUUUCAAGACAAAUCGCUUACGGUCUUUCUGAACUACUCAAAACUGGUGCUGCUAACAUUCAUUCGACGGAAGAUUGGAAAGUGAUUUUCAAUUUAUUAGAAUGCGUGGGGGCUGGAGCCGUGCAACCGAAACAAUCAAACGCUGUUUUGGAUGAAGUGGCUUCAUCGAAAAAUUCGGUGCUAGAUCCUCGUCCGGUGAGUCCAGUUCCUGAGUGGGUAUUGGUCUCGCCUACUGGAACGGAGGCUCCACUUCCAGUAGCGGCUGAAACGAUAGUUUUGGAUAGGAAUCUUAAACCUCAUGACCAGGCAGCGUUGGUAAAGUGUGUUGAGAGUCUCUCGUUCCUAGUUAGAGAUGUUGCUCAUGUUACGCCUUUUAAUUUCGAAUUGUGCGUCCGGUGUGUGAGAACCUUUGCUGAAGCAGUGCUUCAAUGUACUGGGAAUCGAAGUAGGGUUCAGAGCUCAACAGACGAGGUUCCUAGCUAUCAACAAAGUCCGAUUCAGUUGCUGGAGUUGAUGCACACCUUGCAUACGAGGACUGCUCAGAUUUUCCAAUGGUGGGUUCAGGCAGGAGGAACGGAGCCAGUUUCUCCCUGGUCACAAGGAUGGAAACCACUAUUGCAGGGAAUUGCAAGACUUUGUGGUGACAGUAGGAGACCAGUUCGCGCCUCAGCCAUCACUUUCCUCCAAUCUCUCCUCGCUCACGAACUGACCCAGCUUUCUGCGAUUGAAUGGUCACAGUGUCUGGAACAAGUUCUAUUUCCAUUAUUUGCACAACUCCAGGAACCAAUCGCACCAAAUGAUCCGAUCGGAGUCGAAGAGACAAGAUUCAGAGCAGCAACUCUCCUCUCCAAGGUAUUUCUUCACCAUCUUACACCUCUUUUGAGUCUUCCUGGAUUCCUGCCACUCUGGUUAACAGUCCUGGAUCUUCUUCAAACAUUCAUGAAAGCAGACAAUAGUGAGCUUUUAUUAGAAGCUAUUCCGGAAUCGUUAAAGAAUAUGUUACUUGUGAUGUCUUCCGCUGGAGUCCUGGCUCCAGAAUCCAACUUGUGGGCUCCUACUUGGAGAGCCAUUGAUACGUUUCUACCUAAUUUGAAGACUGAUCUCUUUCCGGAACCGCCUCCGAGUAAAACUCCACUACAUUCGCUGUCCUCACAGUCUCAGUCACAGGUCAUCAGCCUCGUUGAUCAGCAACAACCAUCAUUUCCGAGAUCAAUAGCUCCACAGCCAGAAGGGAAUUCUACCUUGCAAGUCGAAGAUCCAGUUCAGGGAGAGAAAAAUUUGAGUUCAAUUGAGAAUGGUAGUCCUCGAUCGUCAGGCGGAAUAAUAGCUGCAGCGAUUGUACCAUCAUCUUUAAUUGAGAGCAAGGAACCUCAGCAAGUGAUCACUCUUGUUAAUCAACCUCCACCAAGUGUUUCAAGUCCCGUUGCGAUUCAACCGACUGCUCAACAAGUUUUUGACUUUCAUCGACCUGUGGUUCAAACGCAUUUUGCAAUUCCGGUGACGCCGAAUCAAGAGAUUGAGAGGGAGCAACAUAUCCCAGCCCAGCAAGAAAAUAAUUGGCAGACUCCUCAGCAAUUAUAUUCUCAGGAAAUACGAACUCCCGAUGAUUUUAGAAGUCUUCAGGAUUUAAGAAGUCUUCAGGGAUUCAGAACUCCUCUGGAUUUAAGAAGUCUUCAAGAAUUAAGGACUCCCCAGGAUUUAAGAAGUCUUCAGAAAUUACAAACUCCACAGGAUUUAAUUACCCCUCCACAUAUAACACCUCAACCGUUUACGACACCUCAGCCAUUAACCAUUUCUCAACAAGUGACACCACACCAGGUGAUUCCACAUCCCCAGUACUCGCAGAAUUCGUAUCCACAGCCGCAUGAAUUUCAUUAUGCUGGAACAAGCAAUCUCAUUCAUUCCGUUAAACCGCAAGAGGUAUCGAUUGCGGAAAACACAACGGCAACCAUGUUUAAUUCCGCAGCUUACUUUAGCGAAGAUCCCGUGGCGGAUCGUCUCUUUGACGUCCGUCAAGCUAGCACCGCCACCUUGGAGAAUUGAAAAAUCCAAGUUUGCUACAAAGAUAAUAUCUUCGACUAUUUUUGAGCUGCGGACUCAAAAUCAUAAAGCUGAUUAGGAAAAAUCGAUUUUUAUGGUUGCGGUGCGAACUUGACGUCAAAUUACUAAAACAUAAUAUAAACAACAAACUUGUAAAAAUAAAUAACAUAUAU